CUGCCCCGUUCCCGCUGCGGCGGGCGGAAGUUCCGGUGGGAGCGCGUCGGGGGAGCCGGGAGGAGAGCGCGCGCCGGGCCCGCGGGAGAGGUGCCAGUGUCUGAGUCCCUCUCGGUGUAUGUGUGGUAACAACAUGUCUGUCCCCCUCCUCGCUGAUGCAGUGACUGUCUCGGGGGCAGAGCGGGAGACUGCCGCGGUCAUUUUUUUACAUGGCCUUGGAGACACGGGGCACAGCUGGGCCGACGCGCUCUCCUCCAUCCGCCUCCCCUACGUGAAGUACAUUUGCCCUCACGCGCCCCGGAUCCCGGUGACCCUCAACAUGAAGAUGGUUAUGCCCUCCUGGUUUGACCUGAUGGGGUUGACUCCAGACGCACCUGAGGAUGAAGCUGGAAUCAAGAAAGCUGCAGAAAACAUCAAAGCAAUCAUCGAGCACGAGGUGAAGAACGGGAUCCCUCCCAACCGCAUCAUCCUGGGGGGGUUCUCACAGGGCGGUGCGUUGUCGCUGUACACGGCCCUCACUUGCCAGCACCCGCUGGCCGGCAUCGUGGCGCUCAGCUGCUGGCUCCCGCUGCACAAGGCCUUCCCGCAGGCGGCGAGUAACGGCGUGAACAAGGACAUCGCCAUCCUGCAGUGCCACGGGGAGAUGGACCCCAUGAUCCCCCUGCGCUUCGGGGCCCUCACGGCCGAGAAGCUGAGGUCUGUCGUCACCCCCAGCAAGGUCCAGUUCAAAACCUACCCCGGGGUGAUGCACAGCUCCUGUCCUCAGGAGAUGAUGGCAGUGAAGGAGUUCAUCGAGAAGCUGCUGCCGCGGAUCUGAGCGGAGGCAAUCGAGACUGUCGCAGGGCAGGAGGCCGAGGGCCCGGCCCCUCGCUGCCCUGUGACCCAUCGCUGCACACGGAAGCCAUGGCACCCCCCGCCCCCGGCCGUGCCUCCCCCCGGCUCCUCCCGCCGCGGCUGCUCCCGGAGCCGAGCUCGGAGCUCUCUAAGGCGAGUCUUCGAGUGGCCUUUUCUCUCCUCCUGCUCCGAACGGUUGCUGUGGGGGUCACCGUGCCCUCGGGCUCGCAGGGGUGGGUCUGGCACGGCCGGGGGGAGGCUUUGUGUUGGCUUUGGGAUUUUUUGUAACAGUAUUAGGGGGGGGCUGUGGCUGGGCACGGGCACAGGGCAGGGCUGGGGCUCCCUCCAGACCCCCCGGGGCCGGAGCAGCCCCUGCUCCGCCUCUGCCCUCGGCCCCGCUCCGGCCACUCGCGGGUUUCAGCGAGAGCUCAGGAGCCCGGGACUCUCCUGCAGCCGCUGCAGGGGCCGGGGCAGAGGCUGUGCCCAGCCCCAGCCCAGCCCAGCCCCUGCCCUGCCCUGUCGCACACGCACACUCCCGCGGCCGCUGCCCUCGGGGUAAUCGCCUCCUUCUCUCCUCAUCCUCUUGUUGCUUUCACAAUCCUUCAGCCCGCCCAGGGCCCGGCUCUGCAGCCCCACGGCGCUGCCAGCCCCGUCCUUGACGCGUCUCUUGCUGCUACUCGUCCUCCCCUCUGGCCGGGGCUGGCUGGGGCACGGGGAGGAGCGGCCCCGGGCCCAGGGGAGGCAGCGGCAGGGGCAGGGGCAGCUCUGCUCCCAGCACCCUGCUCCCGCGGGGCCGGCGGCUCUCGGCCUCUCCAGCUACAAUCAGUUUCCCUCAGGCCCUGCCCGGGACGGCUGGAGGCUGCAGCCCCCCGUCGCUGUCUCUAUGGGGCUGGCUGGGCCCUGAAUGUCCCCUGUGCGGGGGGGCUCCGGCCGCCUCUCCCCGGGGCCGCGGGGCAGCGCUGCCCUUCCCCUCCCCUCCUCCCGGGGCUGAGCCCUCAGCACGGCCGGGACCCUCGGCUGGGGCGGGACGUGUCUUGGAUCAAGAAGCCCGUGCAGGGCUGUGGCUCCCGCCCUGGCUCUGGGUGCCCCGUGGGCAGCAGCGGGGCCGGGGUGGCUGCAGCAGCUCUGCCGUCCCGGCCAGGGCUGUGCAAAGCAAUAACCCGCCCUGCGGGGCCGGGGUGUCUCACACAGCCUGGGCUUGCUCUGGCUUGGGGGCUUUUUCUCCCACCCCCAUCUUUAGGAAGUGUGAAACCAGCAAAACCUGCUGCUGGCUCCGGGGGGCUCGGUCCUGCUGCUUCUCCUUCUGUCGGGUUUAAAGCUGCUGUGUCCUCCCCUCGGUGGGGGCGGGAGGGGGUGAGAGGGGCUGCUGGGGGACACACACAUCCCCCCCCCUGGGGCUGCUGGACAGACACACCGACCUCUCAGACUGUGACCUGGGCCCGUGUUGGGGGGUGGGGGCCCUUUGCAGAGCAUUCCUGCUCCCUCCCUGCCCGGCCCCGGGAGGGAGAGCAGCUUCUCUCCAUUCCUCAGUACAGCUCUUCUUUGGGUUGA